AUGGAUGAAGAACAUGUAAAACCUAUUAGGUUGAAGGCCUUGGUGGACAAGGAGAGAGAAAAAGUUAUCUUUGCUGAACCAAGUGUGGAAUUUAUUGAUGUCCUCUUCAGUUUCUUGACGAUGCCAAUGGGAACAAUCAUCAGGCUCAUCCUUAAUCGGCCUCCAACGAUGGGGAUAGGCUGCAUGAACAAUUUAUAUGAAUGCAUUGAGAAUCUUGAUGUGCAAUUGUUCAGGACUGAAGAAUGCAAGAAAAUGUUGUUAUACCCUAGAAAUGCAGCUGCAGAUCAGUGCAGAAGACUAAAAUUGAAUAUUGAUGAGACUGAGCCGCUGAGGUACUUUCUUGGCGAACGCAGUGAUUGCCCUCAUUUAAGUCACUAUAGAGAUGUUAUUUGUCCCUGUGGAGAGUGCAUAAAUAUGAAGAUGUUUCUGCCCGAAAAAACAUAUUUUGCUCAAGAUAGAGGGGUGUUUGUUAAAAAAAUAACCCGACUUAUGAUAAGCGAUGAAUUACGAGUAAUGCCCCCAUCAACUGAAGAAAGCCUUUCUCUGCUCAGCAAUCUAGGACUGACCGAUGGAAGCACCACCGAGGAGCGCAAUCUUGACAUAGGAGUAGAUGAGGUUUUGACAUUGCUCAAGAUGUCACUGGUGUCAAAGACAGCUUUGACAGGAACUUUUUUGAAGUGCAGUCCAACACCUGAGUUGGACCAAAUGUUUUUUGAUAUUGGCAAAUAUAUUAAAUCUGGAAUGGAGGAACUAACAUCAGAUGUAAGCGAGAAGCCUAUCACGAUCAAGCUUACAGUCUGCAAAUCCAAGAAGAUGGUUGGCUAUGCAGAAACAAGUGGAGAUUUUGUUGAUUUACUCUUCAGUUUCCUUACUGUUCCACUUGGGUAUGCGGUGGAGGAAAUGCACACCGACACUUGGAAAGGAUGCAUAAAUCAUCUGUACAAUAGCAUUCGCGAACUUGAUGCCGAGCAAUAUCUGAAAUCAAAUGAGCACAAGGCAAUGCUUCUCAGUCCCCAGCUUGCCCCUAGUUUUGGCUAUGAGAAUCAUCCUUUGGGCAUUGAGGAAGAUAAACAUCCACCUUACUAUUAUGUAUAUGCUGAUGACAAACUGAUUUCUGAUGAAACGCUUCUCCCUUCAGGGGAAGAUGAAUAUUUAGCUUUAACUGUCUUGGAUCCAAAUUCUAGCUCUGAAGACACAAGAGGAUUUGUUAAGAGGGCAGAAAAGUUUAUGGUAACUGACAAUCUCAAAAUAACACCAGCAUCCUCAAUUUCUGGUUUGUCUAAUCUGACGAAACAUAACGUAGAUUGGAGUGACAUCGAAGUCCGAACUGUGCAUGUGGGCCAUAAGGAGGCUUUGCGUCUAUUGGUGGCUUCUCUUGUAUCUAAAUCUGCUCUGACCGUUGCCUUUCUAGGAGAACCAAAUUCAGAACAAUCAGAAUAA